AAUUCUUAUAAAUUUUACAAAAUAAUGCAAACUAUGUGUAUUGUUUUACACUUGCCGCAGUAAAUUAUUUGAACGUUUCUCGUAGUUGUUUGUGAUUGUGACAUUUCGAUUGUUUUAUCGUUAAAUAUCCGAUUCGCGGAAGAUUAUAAAUAAAUGUUUCAGCAAACAAAGGGCAUUUUAAUUCUGAAUGGUCAUUAAACAGUUUCGCACGGAAAUUCGACUUCGCUCCUUGUCUGUACGUUCAUGUUUUGAAAGAUAGUCACUUGUGAUUUAACCCGCCGAUCAGCGCUGUGAAUAUGAAGUUAUUAGUUAUUUUAUUAAGUUUAGGGAUAGCGAGGGCUAAUCGAAUAUUUUACGAUAGUCCGCCUUACGACUGCGGUUAUUGCCAGCCUGAACAAAUCCACAUAUCUUUUGGAGAGAAAACCAACGACAUAGUAGUGACAUGGACGACGUACAACGACACAGAGGACAGUAUGGUACAGUAUGGCGAGGGGGUGCUGCAGAACUUGGCGAUGGGAUACCAGACCAUGUUUGUGGCUGGCAACGGCACCAACGUAGAGUUUGUACACCGCGUCACACUUCCGGAUCUCAAGUUCGACACUAGAUAUGUGUACCACUGCGGCUCCAAGUACGCGUGGUCGGAGCGGUUCUCGUUCAAGACUCCGCCCUCGGGUGAGAACUGGGUGGUGCGCGCCGCCAUCUUCGGAGAUAUGGGCACUGAUAACGCACAUUCGCUGCCGUACCUGCAAGACGAGGCGGAGCGCGAUCGUUUCGACAUGAUCCUCCACGUGGGCGACUUCGCAUACGACAUGUAUGAAGUGGAGGGCCGUAACGGAGACCAGUUCAUGAGACAGAUCCAGCCGCUCGCCGCCAUAGUGCCCUACAUGACAGUGCCGGGGAACCAUGAGGAGAACGGAAACUUCCGUCAAUACAAACAGCGGUUCUCGAUGCCAAACAUGCGCGUUUCGGAGAGCAUGUACUACAGCUGGGACCUCGGGCCGGUGCACUUCGUGGGCGUCAACACGGAGGCCUACUACUUCCUCAACUACGGCCUCGUUCCUUUAAUCGAGCAGUUUCAGUGGUUAGAACAAGACCUAAAGAUGGCAAGUCGGCCGGAGAAUAGGGCGAAGCGGCAAUGGAUCAUCGUAUACGGUCACCGGCCCAUGUAUUGCAGCAAUAGUGAUGAUAUUCAGGAAUGUUCCCAUGAGUUGACCAGGUUCGGAAUAGCCGGCGGCAAGUUCCGUAUGGAGCCGUUACUGCGGAGGUAUGGAGUGGAUGUGGUGAUCUGGGCUCAUGAACACUCGUACGAGCGAACCUUCCCGCUGUACGACGAGAAGGUUUACAACGGGUCCUAUGAACAUCCAUACGUCAACCCUCGGGCUCCAGUGCACAUCAUAACAGGCUCGGCGGGAUGUAGGGAAAAAACGGAUCCUUUCCGCGACGACCCGCCGGCGUGGUCCGCGUUCCGCUCCAGCGACUACGGCUACACGCGGUUCAAGGCGUACAACAACACGCAUUUGUACUUCGAACAGGUGAGCGUGGACAAGAAGGCGCAAGUGAUAGAUUCGUUCUGGGUCGUCCAGCACCGACACCAAGCCUUCGACAUCUAAAUAAAUUAUAACUACAUAAUAAUAUACUUUUAAUCAGUGUGUGUGUCGUGGCCAGAUCGAUAGUAUUUAAGUAUAUUUUAUAUCCAAAGAUACAUUUAAUUUAUGAGCACAAAAUAUUUUUUAUCGUGUAUCUCUCAAUAAACAUUGUACAUAAUUCAUAAAUCAUCAUAAACAGCCUUUAUACGUCCCACUGCUGGGCACAGGCCUCAGGCCACAGUUCCACUGCGGGUUGGUGGAGGUGAUUUUACGGCUAAUAGCCGGGACCAACGGCUUAACGUGCUCUCCGAAGCACGGAAUCAUAUUACUUUUUCAUACAAUCAGGUGAUUCAAGCCUGAAAGUCCUUACCAAACACAGGACAGUCUCACAAAGUGAUUUCGACAAUGUCCCCAUCGAUGAUCGAACCCGGACCUCCAAAUCAUGAGCCUAACUCUCAAACCACUAGAGGCUGUUACAUAAUUAUGUAUUUUUAUUAUUGACUUUGAAAAAUGAUUUUGGAAUUUUAAUCUCAUUUUGUGAUUUAUUUUUAUAUUGCUGAAUAAAUACGUAUACUUACUGAUAAA